UUGCAUAUACAUACAUAUAUGUGAAUAUACUGAACAAUUAUGUUAUAGGUAUGACAGGUGAUGGUAUAUGUAAAGUAAGUUUAUAUACAUAAGAUUAUAUUAUUUUAAAUAAUUUCUAUCAAGAAGUUUUUUUUUUUUUUGUUAUAUUAUUUCUUUCGUAAUCAUUUGUUUCUAGUUUGACUAAUCACUAUUCUUUGCUUUAAGCAGAUACAAUACUCAUUUGUUAUAUAGAAUUCAUUUAUGUUCAAUAGUCUUUCUUUUUUCUCACAAUUCCUAUAAUAUAAUAUAUAUCAAUCGGCAAGGACGUAACAGAUGUUUACAAAAUGGUCAAGCAUAAGAAUAAAUGACCAUCAGUUUUCUUCUUUUGAUAUAUAUAUAUACAUACAGAUUGUAGUUGCUGUCUUGUUCUUAAUAUUUGAUCUUAUGUCAUAGAUUUAUACUGAAUAUGAAAGACAUAUUUGAUAUCAUGCUUGGAUUUUUUUUGUCAAAUAACACGUACAGAAAGUAGAGAUUAAAAGUAUGAACAUGGUAUUAAGUUAUUUUAAUUAUAUCAUCUUAAGAAUAAAUAUAACAAAACCGUUCAGUGUAAAAAGAAAAAAAUAACUCAUAUUUUAGAUGAUUUGAUGAUGAUGAUGAUGAUGAUGAAAACAAGAACAACAGAUAUGUGCUUUUAUUAUCGACGAUUUUUCUUAGUAGUUUUAUUGUUUCUAUGGGAAUUGACAAGUUACUGUCAAGGCUAUUGGAUUCGUGAUCUUUCCUAUUGUCCACGUAAACGUGAAGCAAUUCGACAAAGACAAUGUUUUAAAUCAUGUUUUGAUGAUAGUGAUUGUCGAAGUCGAUAUCGUUCAUGUGUAUGUGAUUAUGAUUGUGGAAUGUCAUGUGUUAAACGAGGUAUUAGUUGUCCAUUUUUAACACCACCGGAACAUGGUCGUAUAACAUAUUCAAAUGGAAAUAAAUUUGGUUCACGUGCUUCAUACGAAUGUAAUAAAGGAUAUAUACUUGAAGGUUCAAAAUAUCGUCAUUGUCAAGGUGAUAUGUGGUGGGGAUCAUCAGAUACCAUACCAUAUUGUGCUAAAGAAGUUUUUUGUAAUCGACCACCGGAUAUAAUAAAUGCGGUCAAUGACGUUCCAAGUACGGUUACAACAUUUCAUGCAGGUUAUUCAGUUAAAUAUACUUGUUUAAUUGGUUAUGUUGGAAUUGGUACAACAACAUCUGAAUGUACGUUUUUGGGUCAAUGGACAUUUGCAACAUUAAAAUGUACACCAAUUGAUUGUGGUUCACCGGGUAUAUUACGUAAUGGAUUUUUAAGUGGUGAACGAUUUGAUUAUCCAAAUAUAAUUGCAUUUUUUUGUAAUGAUGGGUUUGAACUUAUUGGAAAAGAUACAACACGCGCUUGUCAAGAAAAUGGUUUAUGGUCGGGAACUAUGCCUAUUUGUCAAAAAAAAUCAUGCAGUGCACCACCAAUAGUCAGUCAUGGUGAAAUAAUUCAACCAGAUCGUACAACAAAUGAAACUAUUCAAUAUAUUUGUCAAGAUGGAUAUCAAUUACAAGGUCCAUCAAUACUAAAAUGUGUUUCAUCUCAAUGGCAACCAAUACCACCAACAUGUGAACCAAUAACAUGUGAUGAUCCUCAAAAAUAUUUUAAUGGCUAUAUUGAAUCAUUAUCAGUUAACAAUUCAUUAAAAUAUCUCAUUAAUUCAAUAAUUACAUUUCAAUGUCCAUCAAAUUUAACAUUACGAGGUUCACGUAUCUCAAAAUGUCAAAUAAAUGGAAGUUGGGUACCAAAAAUUCCAAAAUGUGAAAAAUCAAUAUCUUGUUCAAUUCCAUCAUUACCACGAAAUGCACGUUAUAUAAAUCUUCGUUCAUAUAUACAAAAAAUUCAUGAUGGUAAUCAUUUAGAAUAUAUAUGUGAAAAUUCUGAAUAUCAUCAAAAAAUUUUUUGUCGACGAGGAAAAAUUUUACCACAAAAACCAAUAUGUUAUAAUGGUUGUCAUGUAAAUAAUAAAAAUGAAAUAAAAUUUUCAAAAACAUUUUAUCAACAUCGAGAAAAAAUUUCUUAUACAUGUACAAAUAAUAGUUUACCAUUAUUACUUAAUGAAACAAUAAGUUGUAUUGAUGGAAAUCUUUCGAUACAACCUAUAUGUCAAACAAUUAAAUGUACUGUACCUCAUAUGCUUUUUGUACGUAAUAUUAUCAAUACAACAAUAUCCUCGGGUACAUUAAUUGAACAAGGUUCAUCAUUUUUCUAUACAUGUUUGGAAGAUUAUCAACCAAUGAUGGAAUCAACUAAAGUUGAAUGUCUAGAAGAUGGAAAAUUAUCUCAUCAACCACAUUGUACACCAAAACAAUGUAAAGAACAUCCACCAAUAAUAACAAAUGGUCGAACUAUAUUUCAUUCAACAAAACAUGGUUCUAUAGCAAAAUAUCGUUGUUUUCCAGGUUAUAAAAUUGAAAAUAAUCAUUUAGCAAAAUUAACAUGUCAAUUUGGACAAUGGCUACCUAAACAACCACCAAAAUGUUUACCAAUUUUCUGUACUAAUCCAGGUCCACUUGCAAAUGGUCGAAUUUAUGUUGUUUUAAAAGAUCAACGUGUAUCAUCUCUUCCAAUUCGUAGUGAAUUUCGUUCGUAUAUACCAAAUGUUGGACAUAGUAGAACGCUUGAAUUCGAAUGUAAUUCAGGUUAUAUUCUUCAUGGUCCAUCAGGUUUAACAUGUAAUCAUGGUCGAUGGAUGCCUUCGGAACGACCACGUUGUAUUUUUGAAAAUCAUAUACAACCAAAUAUAAUCUUUACAGGUUAA